AUGGCUUUCCGCAGCGUAAAGAACCUCGCUCCUCUCCUCGACCGUGUCUUGGUCCAGCGUAUUAAAUCCGAAGCGAAGACUGCCUCUGGAAUCUUCCUCCCGGAAAGCUCUGUCAAGGAGCUCAAUGAGGCCAAGGUCCUUGCCGUUGGACCUGGAGCUCUGGACAAGGACGGCAAGCGAAUUGCCAUGAGCGUUGCUCCAGGUGACCGGGUUUUGGUUCCCCAGUUUGGAGGAAGCCCCGUAAAGCUUGGAGAAGAAGAAUACUCCUUGUUCCGAGACCAUGAGCUGUUGGCCAAGUUCAGAGAGUGA